AUGACUGGAAAACGCAAAGAAAGAGAUCUGGUUGCCCCGGACAUCACGGAAGAUGCGACAGAACGGAAACGAGUCCUGAAUGUACUUGCCCAAAGACGAUACCGACAAAGAAAGAAACGUCGAAUAGAAGCCCUGGAAGCGCAACUAAACAGCGUGAGUUCGCACAAUGAAGAAUUAACAGCCCUGGGACCCGAGAAAGAUAGAGGUGGCCCCGGCCUCCCGACAGAUGUUUCAUAUCCCUUCUCAACCCCAGUUGCCUUGGGUGAGAGUAAUACUGUAAACUCAGACUAUGGAGGCCAGGAAAUGACAACCUCAACGGGCGCUGACUCCUCUUCUGCUGGUACGGCUUCCGAAUUCAAUGAUAUGACUCUAGUGCCGGAGGUCUUCACAGGGUCUUUCUUACCAGCCGUACCACAUCUACUCCCCUCAGAACUAUCAACCCUUGCUUCACCAUUUCUCACUGCUCUCUCUCCAAGAACCUCGGGGCAAGCAUCGCUAGGUUCACUUAUCUCCACAACUGACGCUCCUUUGGAGGCCUCUCCAUUACCACUAUUCCUAGAGCCAGAAACGUCAGCUCAAGGCCAUAGCGACGGCGAUUAUGUGCAGUUUAAUAGUCUGCUCAGUAACCCAGAGAGCACGGACAAUAUCUCAGAUGAUCUACAAGACUACCAGUCCUCUAAUUUCACGUUUCCCGAUGAUCACUUGCUCCAAGUUCCCUCCCUUACCCUUCUGAGUGCAGCAGUUAGGGUAGCUCAAAGGCUCGGCGUCGGAGAUUGCCUCUGGGAUAUUGCUGCGGUUAGUCCGUUUUACAGACCAAGGCUAUACACCCAAUCUUCUACUUCUUCGCUGUCAUCCUCGCUACCCCCUUCAUCGACCUCUUCUACUACACAGACAUCAGGCUCAAGCCAAACCAGCGAUGGAGAUUAUACUACUACCAUCGAUCUGGAGACGUUACCUGACCAUAUACGGCCAACUAGAACCCAAGUUCUUAUCUCGCAUCACCCGAUUCUAGAUCUCCUCCCCUGGCCGACUGCCCGGGAUAAGUUGAUCCAGGUGUUUAACCUCCCUGUCAAUUUACGUCCGAAGUCGGCUCAGGAUCCAAUGGGGCUCGUUCGGUUGGUGUAUGAUAUGGAAGACGACGGGGGAGAGGGAAUCAGAGUUCACAGCAGCGACCCAUUUGAGAUGGCGGGUUGGGAAAUAGGACAGCUGAUGUUUGAAAGGUGGUGGUGGGCCUUUGAGACCGCCACUGUGGAGAGAAGUAACCGCGGAAGAAAAGAGAGAGGCGAGAAAUGCCUUGAGCUUUCCUAA